CAGGUGAGCUACCCAGGCGCCCAUUAUAUGAAUUUAUGAUGGCCAUUCUCAUGCUCACUUAUCAUCUUUUAGGUUGUUGCAGCAGUUUUGGGGUUGAUACCAUUUGUAACACAGAUUUGGUGUACAUUUAACCAUUUUUCCCCACUCAAUAAUUGAUAAAAACAGAAAUCCCUCCUAAAUACCACACUAAGACACCAAAACCUUGAGGAACACCAUAGAAAACUCCAUACUGUGAUUUGGUAUCAAAAACUUUUGAGAGAUUUCUGCAAGAAUUGCAUUUUUUGGCGAUUGGAUGGCGAGCACUUCUGAUCUGGAAACUGCUGCCCUUAUUUUCAAUUUAUUAAUGGAAAGCCAUACAUCUUCUGUUUGUGGUUGGGAAGUUUCAAUAGGCUGUGAUUAUCCUAGAGGUCACCACAGGUCAUUUUAAACACAAGUUUCAGAAAAUGGUCUCACUAAAUUGAAAUGGCUCCCAUCACACAUGAAUACAUUGAAUCCAAAUUGAAUCCACAGGAGCCUCACCUUUUCAGUCAUACCCAAUUUAUGCAACUCCAAGACAGUUUAGGGACCCCACUAUGCAGAAAUAUUAAAACACACCUUUUUAGAAUAGGCGAAAAUAACACAUUUAUACUGCAUGAAAACUGAAAAAUGGCAUGGUUAUUGCCCAAAGUGCAUGGGAUUAUCAUGGCGUGGGCAUAUAUGUAAAGGGGAAACUUGUGGGUACACAUAGAACCCAUUUUCAUUCAGAUACCUUGAGAAGAAAGGUCCAAGGGACCCCUUUGAAAAUGGCCAUGCUAGUUUUUCCCUUGCCCAACUUUGGAGCAUAAUUGAGCCACCUUUCCAACAAGCUAGCUAGCUACAGCCUCUGAAAGUCUUUGCGGCCUGUGAUAGAGGCUGACACACCUCCUCAGCAUGCUUUUCUGUGGGAGGAGACUGAGCGGGAGGGAGGAGGAGGAAGAGGAGGAGAAGUGGUUGGAAAAACUGUAAUCUGACUCCUCCUUUCAGUUGGACGUCUUUCUGUUUACUAGCCAAACCCACCGAGGGGUGAAAGGUCACAUUCUUUGCCCCGCGCUGCUUCUCCAAUUGGUCUAUCCACAUCAGGUCGAGAUGACUUCCUAUUUCCUGUUUGCUGGCUCAGUCUGCUCAGGCUUUUGUUUAGCUCCAGUGUUUUAAGGCUAAUAGGUUUGCCCAGGCUAACACGCUCAUGACAACAGACGUCUGUGGCUUGUCAGGAUAUUGUGAAACAUGAUCUCGUGCAGAGGCAUCAUCCAGAUCUCUGCAGCAACGGUUUAAUGAGCCUGAUUUCCUGCUUCACAGCCAACCUGCACCUUCCCUCAGCCCCAGCAGCAGUCGCGCACCCUUAGAGAGAUGGCUCAUUCUACUCGUGGAGCCGGCUCCCUGGCUGGUACUUCUCGGCGUGGUCGAGGCUCUAAGAGCUCUGGCUGCGUUUCCUCUCAGAACCACGGAGGCGACACCGAGAUGCUGGAGCGGCUUCUGAAUAAGCCAAAGUUGGUGGUGGUGGAGGAGCCCAAGGAGAGAGGCAUGAGGUUUCGCUAUGAAUGUGAGGGACGCUCGGCCGGCAGCAUCCUGGGGGCGUCCAGCACCGAAACCAACAAGAGUCAGCCUGCCAUAGAGAUUCAAGGCCCGAUUGACAACUUAAAGAGGGUCACAGUCACAGUUUCCUUGGUGACCAAAGACCCCCCACACCGGCCUCACCCCCACUGCCUUGUGGGUAAAGACUGCCCAAACGGUUCAGGAAUCUGCAGGGUCACGCUCAAUCCUCACAGCAACCGACGUCACAGCUUUGCUAACCUCGGUGUCCAGUGUGUGAGGAGGAAAGAGCUGGAUGUUUCACUUGAGAAAAGAAGAAGCCAAAAUAUCGACCCCUUUCAAACUGGUCACUCAAAGGGCAUUGAAGACAUGGACAUGAAUGCUGUGCGUCUGUGUUUUCAGUGUGAGCUUGAGUGGGAGGAUGGCAGAAAAGAUUCUCUCAGCCCAGUGCUGUCAAAUCCCGUUUAUGACAAGAAGGCCACAACUACAUCACAGCUGAAAAUUGGCCGUUUUAACCAGUACAGAGGUUCUUGCACCGGAAAGACAGAGAUCUACAUGCUCUGUGACAAAGUUCAGAAAGAUGACAUAGAGAUCAUCUUCAGGAAAGGAUCGUGGAAGGCGAGCGGGGAGUUUGCCCAGACAGACGUGCACCGGCAGAUCGCCAUCGUGUUUAAGACUCCACCCUACCAGGACCAGGACAUCACAGAGGAAGUUGAAGUCAGUGUGGUCCUGCGUCGCCUGUCAGACCAAAUGGAGAGCGACUCUGUUACCUUCACGUACCUGCCACACAACCCAGAUCCAUAUGAGGUGAAGCGGAAGAGGAAGAUAAAGUCAGACAUCAGCUUCAGAGAUAAACCUUGUGUGACAGCAGAAAGUGCACCUGCUGUGGAGCAGCCUUUCCACUUCCCGGAGCCUCAAACCAUGAUGUCUCCAGACGAGAGGCCUUGUGCUGCCCAGCCUGGGUCCUCCACUUUAGGGGCAAUGUGUUACAACGAGCCCCAGGACUCCGACAAUGGCACCGAUGCGACGGCCAUCCUUAACCAGUUGCUGGAAAUGCCUGCAUUAUGGGACAUGAUUUCCGACCCGAGCUUCACUUCACCCGCUGGCUUUGAACAGGGGCCCGACCCAGCGUUUGCAAACAUGGACAUGAACUCCAACCAGAACUUUGGCUUGUAUGCUCAAGACUUUUCACAUUAUAACUACAGCGACUUGCAGUUCAACAUGCUUGUCAAUGAGAACCAGACUCUGCAGCCAGAGGCACAGGACAACUCCUCCAACAUGGUUCAGGUUAAGACAGAAGAGGAGCUAUGAGGAACAAGAUAGUCUGGAUCAUGAAGCUCUAGGAAUAAUUAGACAUUUUGGGAAAUUCACUUAUUUGGUUUCUUGCCAAGAAAAGAAGAUCGAUACCACUCUCAUGUCUCUCACCACCAGAAUGGUAUGGAUCUUCUCAUCUACAGUAACUCUCGGCAAGAAAGUGUAUUUCCCAAAAUGUUGAAUUUCUCCUCUGGAUUUAGAGCCAAACAAGAUUGUGUCCACAAUGUGUUUGUCCUUACACCACAUCUUUGUCUGAAGACCUUGCUGGUCAAGGUUUUAGCAACCAGGAGCAGUUUAAAAUCCCUACAUAUGUGCCGGUAAAUGCUGCCAGCAUUAAUCGUGAGUAGAAGGUGAUUCUCAGUUAGCGUGGAGCUUAAAAAGAGAAGUCAUGAACAUCUAUAUUUAACUUGGGAACAAUAGAAACCCUCCCAUGACUCGCGGUAUAUUGUAGUAAAUGAUUGGUGAGGUAAGACUGAAAUACUUGUCAUGUAAUGUUUGUCUAAGGUCUGUUUUGUUUGCUUUGACAUGAUUUUGGGAAAAGGACCUGACUUACUAUAAAAAGUUGAUGUAGGAUUUUAGUUUGAAAACACAAAAAAGUCUCAUGUAUAGUAGUUUCAGAUCUACUCUUCACUUUGCUCUUGUCUGUUAUUACUCUGUUGAUGUGGCUGUCACCCCAGAUGGCUUGUUUGUUAAUAUUUAAUCAACUUAAAUGCAACAGAAACUCAUAUUUAUAGCUCUCUGUCAGUUCCCAUUGUUUGCAGUUUCACUCUCGUGCUAAACAUUCAAAUUUCCACUCGCAGCUUGUCACAAGUCCAACUCCGCCCCCUCGCUGUAGCGCUGUAGUGUCAAUAUUUCAGUGGAGAAACAAUAAAAUGUCUGUGUUA